AUGACCAAUAGAGUCAGACACUUAGCUACAUCCGCACGCAAAAGGAAUGUGGUUCUGGAUUCAUUGAAAUUUGCUUCAGAAGCAUAUAACUUAAGCUUGCUAGGUGAGAAAAAUUCAGAUCAUGGGUUCAAGGCACCUCCCAAGCUUCCCACUAUAAGUUUCACUACAGAGAACCUCAAGCCUGGCUCAAGUUCUUGGAUUGCAAAGUGCAAUGAUGUUCGGCAGGCGCUUGAAGAUUAUGGCUGCUUUGAGGCAGUGUAUGAUAAAGUUUCUUUAGACCUCGAUAACAAUAUCUUUUCUGCAUUAGAAGAGUUAUUUGAUCUCCCCACAGAAACAGAAGCCAAAAACACUUCUGAAAUACCUUACUUUGGCUAUAUUGGGAAUGAGCCACUUGUUCCCCUCUAUGAGAGCAUGGGCAUCGAUAAUGCAGCAACCCUUGAAGAAACUCAAAGUUUCACAAAUAUCAUGUGGUCAGCUGGAAAUGACUUUUUCUGUGAAACUGUGCAUUCAUAUUCAAAGCUAGUAACAGAAUUAGAACAAGCGGUGAAGAGAAUGGUAUUUGAAAGCUACGGUGUAGGGAAGUACUAUGACUCUCACAUUGGAUCAACCACUUACAUUCUUAAACUCAUGAAAUAUAGAGGUCCCCUGAUGAAUGAAACUAAUAUCGGUGUGUCAAAUCACAUGGACAAGAGCUUCAUAACCAUACUCCAUCAAAAUAAAGUUUACGGCUUGGUAGUGAAAACAAAAGAUGGCGUGUGGAUUGGCUUUGAGCACAGGCCUUCAUCUUUCAUAGUAAUGGCAGGUGAUGCAUUUUUGGCAUGGAGCAACAAUAGGGUUCAUUCGCCUAACCAUCGAGUCAUCAUGAGUGGGAAUGAAGUGAGAUACUCAAUUGGGCUAUUUGAAUUCAACAAAGGAAUAAUGCAAGUACCAGAAGAACUAGUUGAUGAUGAACAUCCCCGACAAUUUAAGCCAUUCAAUCAUUUUGGAUUACUUGAUUUCUAUUACAUUGAUCCGCUUAACCGUGGUGAAUGUAUGGCAAAAGCUUACUGUGGUGUUUGAGAACUCUUUUGAUCUAAAUCAACUGCGAGAAGUGUAAGUCUAGGGAUAGAAGUUUGGAGCUUUCUAUAGUCAUACAAUGUAUUUGUAGCACAUAUAAGGGUCUUAUUGUUAAUGGCUGUGCCAAAAUCCUUCGUAGAAUAAAUGAACUUAAUAAAUAUUGAUCAA